CCUUCAUGGUGCCAAAUUCUUCUGAAAGCUUGUACGGUCACUUUCCAGGGACAAGAGCCUUUUUUGUGUUGGCGGAAAACAACAUGGCAGACGUUGCCGUCCAAUCCGACGGAAGAAGCGGCGGGAUUGUGAUUAGCGAUGACUGGCCAGGCUACAGUUUAGACCUCUUCAGCUACCCAGCUCACUACUCCGGAGAUUUAGAUUGUGUCAUCAUUCCGCAUGGCGUGAUUAUGGACAGGACAGAACGCCUUGCUCGAAACAUCAUGGAUGACCUGGGGGACCAUGACAUUGUUGUGCUGUGCGUGCUUAAAGGAGGUUACCAGUUCUGUGCCGACCUGGUGGACAGGAUCAAGGCUCUUAGCCGCAACUCCAGUCGUACAAUCCCCAUGAGGGUCCACUUCAUCCGUCUCAAGAGCUACCUGAAUGACCAGUCGACAGAGGAUCUUCACAUACUUGGGGCAGAGGACUUGUCUUUUUUAGCUGGAAAGAACGUAUUGAUUGUGGAGGCCAUUGUAGGCACUGGAAAGACAAUGAAAACUCUCCUGAAGCAUGUUGAAGCCUUCAGGCCCAAAAUGAUCAAAGUAGCAGGACUGCUUGUGAAGAGAGUGCCACACAACUCAGCAUGUCUUCCUGACUAUGUCGGCUUUGAGAUACCCAAUCGUUUUGUGGUUGGAUAUGCCUUAGACUACAAUGAGUAUUUUAGAGACCUCAAUCAUAUCUGUGUGAUCAGCGAAAGUGGGAAGAUGAAAUAUAAGAUUUAAAGAGAGGACUGCAAAAGAGGCGACUGUCGCACAGAUGUCAUCUCACAGCAAGCCUGAACAUUUUCCUUGAGAUGCCAUUCACUUACAGCUGCUAUCGUGACAUUUGAUCUCAGACAUCCCUGUUUUGUUAUAGCAUUCCUUCUCUGAAAUGUUUAUCAGUUGUAGACAAUGACAUAGAACUGAUUUUAGCAAAGCAAGUUUUAAAGUUACAGCUUAUUUUUUAAUCUGUUUACAACAGAUUCACAUAGAAAAUGUUUAAUGCCUUGUACCUCUAAUGUAUGUCUUCUUUCUGGAUGCAGUGUGAAGAGCUUGAUAAUCAUGACCUGUAUGAAUGUGAUAGAUUCUUUUUGGUCAGUAUGUGAUGAAGUAACAAAGAAAACUCAGUGUCACUGUUUUUUAAAUGAAAGGGAGUUAUUAUUUUUUUUUAGGAAAUAAGUGAUAGUAUUUUACAUUUUCUUCACCUGUAUAAAAUACCUUUUCAGUGUUUCUUUAGACAGUUCUCCUGCUGUCAGGUUUAAUGAUCAGAGGGGAAAAAGAUCUCUAAAAACUGUGAAUUAACUACCUCUUUUUGUUUUUUCAGCAUUUGAGGUGUAGUGUAGUACUCGUUUCUUUUUUUAUUAAACAGAAUAAAGUUUUGUUAACAUUUCUGUGUCUAAAAGUAUCUAUCACUUCUUUAUUUUUUUUAAGUGGUUACUUGGCAGAGCUCAAAGAUAGAAAAACCUCACAUGUUUAUC